GAGCUGCGUGACAUUCUAUUGAAUGAUGGAGCCCGCUGUGUUCUCGAUGACGAUCGGAAGAAAAGACCGGGAUUCAAAUUUACCAAAUGGGACCUCCAGGGUGUUCCACUUAGUAUUAGAAUCGGCAGCAGAGAGGUUGAAACGAAUACGGUUACUCUUGCGUAUAGACACACUGGUGAAAAGGUUAAUGAACACCUAUCAUGCUGCGGCAAG